GCUCUCACAGACGAGCUGCAAGGCGUGCUUGCGACCCAGGCAGACGGCAACGAGGACUCCGUCGCCCACGUCUGCCGCCUCACCGUUGCUGCGCCAGAGCUUCGGGAGCUCUGCGCGGCGCGGACGACCGAGUUGCUGCAGGAUCAAGCUUCUCACAGACUGCUUUCCUCGAGCAGGUCACUGGACGAGGCUCAGCCAGAAGCACUGGAAACCGGAGUCGGCGUCUCGGACGAUACCCCCGAGACCCCCAACUUUGCGCAGGUUGAGGACACGGUCACAGCCGAAGAGCUCCCUGAAGUGCAGCUCGACGAAGAGGUGGAUGGAGCGAUCCCUGCAGCCGAAGAGCCUUUUGCCGGAGAGGAGCCAUUGGCAGAGCACGCUGACGAGGCGGAAGAGCGCCCGGGUACCUUCGGGGCCGAGGCCGCCGAGGCCGCCGAGCCCGCCGAGGCCGAGCCAGGAUCCUUGGAAGAUCUCGAGGAGGAGCAUUGCAACACUCUUUACAGCAGGGAAUUUGAGUUAAUGCAUUCCCAGCUGGACGCCUCCACGGAAGAAGUCGUGGAUCAGGAAGGUACCAGCUUCGUCUAUCACGCGCGGGCUGUUGCUUGCACUUUCUGUGGCCGCCGGUACUUCCCUGCAUCCAUACGGCUCCAUGAGGAGCGCUGCACUGCGCGCUGGAGCCAGAGCAGGUUGCUGAAAGAUUUACCGGAGAGCAGCUCGCGAAUGGGGGAGAGCCCCGGACUUCGGUCCGUCAGUGUUCGGACGGAGAGGACCGAAACCUCGAAUACGCGUCCAGCCCGACUUGUCUGCGAUUUCGGCGACUCGGUGUCUUCAAACAGCAGCGACGAAAUAGAGCAGGUCGAAGCUGAGAAGCCGGACGAGCUUGGGGAGUCGGGCGGCGUGACCUCCCUGACCCCUUCAGACGAGUCCACAGCCACACCCCCUCCACUCGGUGGCCACAGCAGCUGCUCUGAAACUCUGGCAUCGGAGGAUCACUCAGCACAACAAAUUCCUUGGCCCCAGAAGCUGAUUGGAAAGGCGAUGGAGCCGGCACCGAGUCUGGCCGAUGUCAGGGCGAACACAGUGCCACAACGGCGCAGCAUCUCGCAGCCUUGCCGUGGACGAGACGUGAGACGGCCGGUAGGACGUCACGAGCCCAAGCGUGCAAGUGCGAGGCUCCAGGCCGAUCGCAGGCCAGAGGUCUGGGAACCUUUGCACAAGGUGACGUCCAUCAAGGAUGCUGCCACACAGACGGCCAGAAGAAAGCCGCGCUGUACCACAUCGCAGACGUUGCAGGCGCAGAGCCAGAGGCAAGCUGUGGCCGCUACAAAGACGGUCCGGAAAUCUGAUAUAGGUCCAGGUCUAUCCAGAAGUGCUCGGUGCAAGACCCCUCGCAGCCGUGCCCGGGCGAGCAGUGCAAAGCAGGGUCCAAAGCCAAGGCCCUCGACGCGGCCGAUGAAGAAUCGAUCCUACUCAGCCCCCACGGUUUCGACGACCCAAAGAUCCGUGGUGGCUCAAAAUCAAAAGAGGCGUUGCCACUCGGCGGGCCCUUGCCAUCACCGCCGGUGUGUCGCCUGCCUGAUGGCGGAGAUACGCUCCAUGUCCUGGCCUCCCGGCUUGUGUGCAAAGCCGAGUCUGCACAAAGCAUCCAAGAGCCGCAGCCAGUCGCAUGAGAAGAAGCCAAAGAAGCUGUGCAAGGCGGAUCAGACUCAAAAGGCAUUGGAGCAGGAAGCUUCUGGGAACUCUCAGGAGGCUACCCAGCCCGAGCAGAGCCGGAUGUCACGCCUAGAUGGAGCCGUGCAAACCGACAGCUCUGUUUUUCAAGCAGAACUACAUAAUGCAGAAAAUUCGGAAUUCGUUGGGCAAGUUGUACAGCAGAUGCCACAGGUUGAAUGUGCUGCAUGUGACGAAGGUUUAGAUCGAAGAUUGCCCUGUAUCCCACCAUCGUGGAUGUGCAUCCAGGAAGUCACAUGCAUGAGGAAGUUCGUCGGCGGAAUUCUCCGAAAACCGACGACAGCUGAAAGCAACUCCAACCUUCGAGCGGCAGGGCUGGCAGCGCUGGCGCAGGUUCCUCGACCGGUUGUGGAGGUGAAGGUGCGCAAGAAAGAGCAGCGGAAAAGCCGAAAGAGUCUGCCAGGGCAGAGGCUACGAGCCUAA